AUGGCCGCAAUUAAAAUUUCUUCUGUUACAUUCGAACACCACUCAACUGGGUUUGGGAUCGGCCAUCCUCGCCCUCGGCUCUCAUGGCGCUUCUCUUGCAAUCACGACGACCUCAAAGAAUGGGUGCAAGAGUCUUAUGAAAUCCAGAUCGGUCGACAAAAUAACGCUGUUGUUGAAACAUACCACGUACAAAGCUCGUCCUCUGUUCUGGUGCCUUGGCCCAGCCAUGCUCUCUGUUCUCGGGAACGUGCCUGGCUGAAGGUCAUGUCUCACGGAAAGGCUUUAAAUGCAGCAGGCGAGGCCAUAAUGGCAAGCACGGAAUGGUCUUGCCCGGCAAUUGUUGAGGCAGCACUUUUGGAAAAUGGAGAUUGGACAGCGAAUUUGACGACCUCAAUCAUUAUGCCCAACAAGGACGAGACCAUGCGCCCUCUACUGUUCAGAAAAGUCUUUGGACUACCCGGAGACGCAGGGUCCAUUGUGAAAGCUCGCCUUUAUAUCACUGCACACGGUGUUUACGAGGCAUUCAUGAAUGGCCAUCGGAUCGGCAAUGAAGAGAUGGCACCCGGAUGGACCAGCUAUAAUCAUCGGCUUGUCUAUCAGACUUUUGACGUAACUGCAUCGCUUCACGCGAGCAAACCUAACGUUCUUGGCGUUGAAGUGGGUGAAGGAUGGUUCGCUGGUCGCCUAGGAAUGGAUCAAAAGCGCUGUUUCUAUGGGGAUCAAUUGGGAGUUUUAGCACAGUUGGAAGUCACAUUCGAGUCUGGCCAAAGUGUUUUGGUGGUCUCCGAUAACACAUGGAAGUCCCAUCCAAGUGCAACAGUUCGCAGUGAAAUUUACGAUGGCGAAGAUUAUGACUCUCGUGAGGAGCAAUGGGGUUGGAACGAUGACGCAGAUUUGGACGAGUGUACUUGGAUGCCAACCAAGUCACUGUCGUUCCCUCGUAUGAGGCUUCUCGCUUCAGACUCACCCCCCGUGCGGACCAUCGAAGAGCGAAACCCUGUUCGGAUCUUCAAGUCGGAGUCUGGUAAGACUCUCUUGGACUUUGGCCAGAAUCUGGUUGGAAAACUACGAGUUCGUCUGCCAGGACCAACUCUGGCAACAAAGCCCGAUGGGCACGAAUUGUCAUUCAGCCACGCCGAAGUGCUUGAGCGUAACGAGCUUGGAACACGCCCUUUAAGAGGGGCCAGUCCAGUUGACAAGGUCGUCCUGUCCCGUCAUCAGCCCCCGUUUUGGUCGCCGAAGUUUACUUUCCAUGGAUUCCGUUACGUUCAAAUAGACGGCUGGCCGACCGAUACUGGAUUACCCAACUGUGAAGACAUCGCGGCCCUGGUUUUACACAGCGACAUGAGUCGUACCGGGUGGUUUUCCUGCUCCGACCCACUCAUCAAUCAACUUCAUGAGAAUGUCGUUUGGAGCAUGAAAGGGAAUUUCUUUUCCAUACCGACUGAUUGUCCUCAGCGUGACGAGCGACUAGGAUGGACCGGUGAUAUCCAAGUAUUCAGCCCAUCAGCAAAUUUUCUAUUCAACACCAAUGCGUUUAUUGGAAGCUGGCUUGAGGAUGUUGCAGCCGAACAACUGGAAAGUUCUAAGAACGGAGUCCCGGGGCUGGUAGUCCCAGAUGUCUUCGAUGACCCCCCUAUCCACCGGGGCCACAGUCUGUCUGGCAUGACGUCACUGUCUUGA